AUGUCCAAGGCGACUUUCGCCAUCAUCGCCGCUGCAGGCGCGGCCACUGGAGCUGCAGCAACAGCAGCAUUCUACUCAACCAAGAAAGAAGCUCCGGUGGCCCCCAUCAGUGCUCCAUCGAGCGGUUCAACAGUGCCAGCACCCGCCUCCGGAUAUCCUAUCUCCAAGUCUGUCGCUACGCCCGCACCCGUCGAUCCAAACGGCCUUUUCCAAUACGGCUUCCCCGGCCCCGUCAACGACCUUCGCGCCGCAAAAUCGCUCACGUCUUCCUUCAACCGGCAGACGCGCAACCCGGAUUGGGUGGCCGAGCACAUCACUCCCGAGUCGUUGGCAACCCACAAUGGCGACCGCAAGCACAGCUCCUUCACCGAGGACGCGGCGAUUCCUGAGAAGUUUCGCGCGAAGCUGAAGGACUACUUCCGUAGCGGCUACGACCGCGGGCACCAGGUCCCAGCGGCAGACGCGAAGUGGAGCCAAGAGGCAAUGGACGACACGUUUGCGCUCAGCAACAUGUGCCCUCAGGUCGGCGACGGCUUCAACCGCGACUACUGGGCGCACUUUGAGGACUUCUGCCGGCGGCUGACGCAGCGAUACCCCAGCGUGCGCAUCGUCACCGGGCCGCUGUACCUUCCCCGCCGCGAAGCCGACGGCAAGUGGCGCGUCAGUUACGAGGUCAUCGGCAGCCCGCCCAACGUGGCCGUGCCGACGCAUUUCUACAAGGUUAUCUUUGCGGAGGAUGGCAAGACGGGAGGCAAUGUUGCUCUGGGAGCGUUCGUGCUGCCCAAUGCGCCCAUUUCGAACACCAAGCCGCUGUCGGACUUUGAGGUCCCGCUUGAGGCGGUCGAGAGGGCAAGCGGCUUGGAGUUCGCGAAUAACCUGCCUGCCUCACGCAGGAAGAAGUUGUGUGCGGAGUUCGCGUGCUCGCUUGUCAUCAAGGAUUACAAGGAGAGGCAGAAGACCUUUGCUGCCAGCCAGAAAUAG